AUGCACAAAUUUAUUCAGAGUCGAAGUCACUACGUAAAAUUUGCCAUUUUAAAUUAUAAAAGUUUUAUCAACGAACCCUUUAAACCUAGAGCGAUUGCGGCAAUUGGUCAUCGACUAUUUGCCACCUCAACUGAGUCAGAGUAUGAUAUAGUUGUCAUCGGCGGAGGUCCGGGAGGUUACGUUGCCGCGAUAAAAGCCGCCCAAUUGGGAUUAAAGACCGCGUGUAUCGAAAAACGUGGCUCUCUCGGUGGAACAUGCACAAAUGUUGGUUGCAUUCCUUCCAAAGCCUUGUUGAAUAACUCUCAUAUUUACCACCAAACCACUCAUGAUUUGAAAUCAAGGGGGAUUGAUGUUGAAAACGUGAAACUGAAUCUGGUCAAUAUGAUGAAGGCAAAAGACAAGGCAAUUACUGGUCUCGCGAGGGGUAUCGAAGGCUUAUUCAAAAAGUAUGGUGUGACCUACUUAAAAGGUCAUGGAAAGUUUUCCGGGGCCGAUAAGAUUGAGAUCGAUGGGUUGGAUGGGCAAAAGACUUCGGUUCGAGCAAAAGAUAUUAUCAUCGCCACAGGUUCUGAACCAUCUCCAUUUAAAGGUCUCGAGGUUGAUGAAAAACAAAUCGUCACUUCCACCGGUGCACUCUCAUUAGAGAAAGUGCCGGAAAAAAUGGUUGUCAUUGGUGGCGGAAUUAUUGGUCUUGAAUUGGGUUCUGUAUGGCACCGCCUUGGUUCUGAGGUGACAGUGGUGGAAUACCUUAGUUCUAUAGGUGCUGGCAUGGACGGAGAAACAGCUAAAUCUCUCUUGAGAAUACUUCAAAAGCAAGGACUCAAAUUUAAACUAGACACAAAAGUUAUCGAUGCGUCGAAAAAGGACGGGAAAGUAUCUGUAAAUGUUGAACCUUCAAAAGGAGGCAAUAAGGAAAUUCUGGAAGCUGAUGUUGUCCUGGUUUCUAUUGGCCGACGCCCAUACACGGAAAAUCUUGGAUUAGAGAAUGUGGGUAUUGACGUGGAUGAAAAAGGGAGAAUCAAGAUUGAUUCUCAAUUCCGUACCAGUAAACCCAACAUUCGUUGCAUAGGCGAUGUAACGUAUGGCGCGAUGUUAGCCCAUAAGGCCGAAGAAGAAGGAGUCGCCGCGGUUGAAUAUAUUGCGAAUGGUCAUGGUCACGUAAACUAUGAUGUAAUACCAUCGGUCAUUUACACUCACCCAGAAGUGGCGUGGUGCGGUAACUUUCCAUUCUUGGCGAAUUCUCGCGCUCGCACUAAUGACGAUGCAGAAGGAUUCGUCAAAAUGAUUUCUGACGAAGAGACCGAUGCUAUUUUGGGGGUUCACAUCAUUGGUCCAAAUGCCGGUGAAAUGAUUAGUGAAGCAGUGUUGGCCAUGGAGUAUGGUGCGAGCAGUGAAGACAUUGCAAGGACUUGUCACGCACAUCCGACGUUAUCCGAGGCGUUGAAAGAAGCCGCAUUGGCCACAUACUCAAAACCAAUCAAUUUUUAA